AUGUCAGCCUCGUCUAAGGAUGUCUUUCGUCUCGAUCCUCCUCAGAGGUUUGCCUACACGGACUUUGUUAUCAGAGCACCUCUUCCUCGACUUCCUCCGGGCAUGCCUGCGGAAACGGCCAUGCGAAAGUAUCCACGCACGCGGUUGAAGAGGCUGAUUAAGGUCGUGGAAGCUCGCUUGGGAAGACGCCGCUGCUUCUUCAGCGAAUGCCAGCCGAGAGAUCAAAAGAAGGAAUCACAAUUCGCGAUUAGCAAGCUCUACGCCAUGUAUGAGGUCGGACACUGGCCAGGCGCGCUUGCGCAGUAUGACUGGACACAAUUUGUCAUGGCGAACAUCGAGCGAGACGCGCUGCGGAACGAAUAUGGACAGAGUGUGAAGCUGACAUUGCCCAUGCUUCCAGCCUCUGCCGUGCCGAUUUAUCAGGAAAUGUUACGGCAGGAAAAUAGCGAUUCGGCGAGAAUAGACGUCAACUCAGGCCAUAUCGCGGGAGUGAUGUUCAAGGGCCAGGUUCGCUCCUAUCCCGAAGAAGACUCGUCGAGACAACCACGACGUGAGAGUCCAGAUCAACCGCACGGGUUGGUGCGGACCCCGUUCGUGCCGCCGCUUUCGUCUUCUCCAAACAUGCGCGAUGCUCUCUCCGAGCUCAGCAGCGAGCAGCUACAGGAGCUAGUUCGUGAUGACCAAAUGUUUCGUACCGCCUACGAGUACCACCAAAGAGUGGUCCAAAAGGAGCUGAAACAAAUGUACCGCUUUUAUCUGCGCUGCGUCUGUCGGCAGCCUGGGAUGCACCUCUUCACGUGGCAGGAAGUCGUCCACGAAGCAAGAACCAUGAUCAAGCUGACGUUCAUCCAGCAACUGGAGAAAUGGAGGCAACAACAGCCAGACAUCCGGUUUGAUAUCCAGGACUCGACGGGGACUAUCGUAGACCUCCAGCUGAGAUACCUGAUAUCACGAGUCCGACAUUUCGAUCCGAUUCCCGCGCAAGCUUCGCACCAAUUUCGAACAGAACUCACACGAAAGCAUCAGAUCGCCGCGAUGCUGAGGCAGCGGCGGAUCCUCCGAGAAUGGACAACGGCCAUCGCAGAGCGGUCCAGCGUGCGCGACGGGGAGAGAUAUCGCAGAGAAGGCGAGCAUAUCAUGGAUAUGUGGACCGGCGCCGUUGAAGAGUAUGAGGCGUUCAACGAACGGAACAGGAAGGAGAACGUGGUGCUCACGGCCGGUAUGAUACCCAUGGCCUCCCAGCUUCGCGUUCGAGCGUCGGCGGCUCAAGUACAGACUCCAGGGAGUGGGGAGCGACAACAGUGGCUGCAGGUGGGCUCCUCGCAACCCUCUCCGCACUCGCGAGAACAGGGCGAAAGUCCAAUGCCGACCCGGGGAGAAGGACAGGAACAGCCGCAUACACAACUACCGCCACAGAUGCAGGCCCCAGGACAGGACCAUACGCAGGAGGGUCUGACAAUCAUGGAAAAGGCAUUGACCGAGGCACAAGAACAAGGACAACGUGCAGAACACGCCUCCUCAGGACAAGGGCUCUCGCAGCAGCAAGGUCAUUUGCAGACUGCUGCAGCGGCGCAAAAGCAACCACCACAUGAACCAUAUGCACCUGCGCCCGGAUUGGAGCAGGUCCACCCCGAAGACCAUACACGGUUUGUGGAGCGGAUGACAUUGAAGGCGUUGGACAUACGGUCGCGAUUAUCUCUCCCUUCCUCUAGUGGUGGAAGCAAGACAGACAAGGGGAACAUGUUGACCUUGCAUUGA